UCGGUCAUAGGAGCUGCAGCGGCGGCCGCACCGGAGCAGGAGGAGGAGGCGCCGCAAGUGGAGUCGUUCUGUGGCGGGGGUCGGGGGGAGUGGGGGGCUGUCGCUCGAGCCGCGUCGGUUAAAUAAAAUCAUCAUCGCUCGACUGCGAACACGGUCCUUGCUGCAGGAGACGACAGCCAUGUCCACCCCAGAUCCCCCCAUGGGUGGCAACCCCCGCCCGGGUCCGUCUCCCGGUCCGGGCCCCUCCCCUGGGGCGAUGCUGGGCCCCGGCGCCGGUCCUUCCCCAGGCUCCGCUCACAGCAUGAUGGGACCCAGUCCCGGUCCUCCAUCCUCCGGACUCUCCCAGCCGGGCCCGUCUGGCUACAGCCAGGACGGCAUGCACCCCCUCCACAAACCUCUGGAGGGCAUGCACGACAAGAGCAUGAGCGAGGAGAGUCGCUUCAGUCAAAUAAAAGGACUGUCAGUGCGGCCGGGCGGGCACGCUGGUAUGGGUCCCCCGCCCAGUCCUCUGGACCAACACUCACAAGGUUACCACUCUCCAUUAGGUGGUUCCGACCAUUCUAGUCCAGUCCCUUCCAACGGCCCUCCCUCUGGACCUCUACUUCCAUCUUCCUCCUCAUCCUCCUCUUCACUUGGCCCCGGCUCCGCCUCCGCACCGUUAGAAGGUCCCGGUGGAGACCAGCACUCUUUGGGCCCCAGCAGCCGCCCGGGACCGCUCGGCGUUUCAGGGCCAGGACCCAGCCCCGGGCCCAGCCUAAGCUCCACCGUCCCCACCCUCGUGUCAGGCCUCGAAUCCGGUGGGCUUUCUGGACCCGGUGGUCCCGGGGGUCCCACUCCUUUCAACCAGAGCCAACUGCACCAACUCAGAGCUCAGAUCAUGGCCUAUAAGAUGCUGGCCCGGGGUCAGCCCCUGCCGGACCACCUCCAGAUGGCCGUCCAAGGGAAAAGGCCAAUGCCUGGCAUGCAGCAGCCCAUGACCAGCUUGACUCCGGGAGCUGGACCGCCAGGACCGAUGAGUUCAGGCUACAGUCGCGCUCACGGAAUGAUGGGUCCCAAUAUGCCUCCACCAGGUCCAUCGGGUACAGCAGUGGGGAUGCAAGGACAAAACCACAACGGACCUCCCAAAUCCUGGCCGGACGGCCCGAUGAUAAAUGCAGCGGCACCGUCCAACGCUCCCCAAAAGCUGAUCCCGCCCCAGCCGACGGGACGCCCCUCUCCCGCUCCGCCCUCGGUGCCCCCGGCGGCGUCACCCGUCGUGCCUCCGCAGACGCAGUCCACCGGGCAGCCGGCGCAGCCUCCUCCCAUGAUGCCUUACCACAGCAAGCAGAGCCGCAUCACCCCCAUCCAGAAGCCCUGCGGCCUGGACCCCGUGGAGAUCCUGCAGGAGAGGGAGUACAGGUUGCAGGCCCGCAUCACACAUCGUAUCGCCGAGCUGGAGAACUUGCCGGGCUCUCUGGCUGGAGAUUUACGCACCAAAGCCACCAUAGAACUCAAAGCGCUACGGCUGCUUAACUUCCAGAGACAGCUGCGACAGGAGGUGGUGGUGUGCAUGCGUCGCGACACGGCUCUAGAAACGGCGCUGGAUGCCAAGGCCUACAAACGCAGCAAACGGCAAAGCCUGCGAGAGGCUCGCAUCACAGAGAAACUGGAGAAACAGCAGAAGAUCGAGCAAGAGCGCAAGCGCAGGCAGAAGCAUCAGGAGUAUCUCAACAGCAUCCUUCAACACGCCAAAGACUUCAAGGAGUACCAUCGCUCCAUCACGGGUAAAAUGCAAAAGCUGACCAAAGCUGUGGCCACCUACCACGCCAACACCGAGCGGGAGCAGAAGAAAGAGAACGAGCGCAUCGAGAAAGAGCGAAUGAGGAGACUCAUGGCAGAAGACGAGGAGGGCUACCGAAAACUGAUCGACCAGAAGAAGGACAAGCGUCUGGCCUACCUUCUGCAGCAGACUGACGAGUACGUGGCCAACCUCACCGAGCUGGUUCGCGCGCACAAGGCUGCGCAAGCCCUUAAGGAGAAGAAGAAGAAGAAGAAGAAGAAGAAAAAGAAGAAGAAGAAGGUGGAGAGUCCAGAGGGACAGACUCCGGCUUUGGGGCCUGAUGGAGAGCCUUUGGAUGAGACCAGUCAGAUGAGUGACCUUCCUGUGAAGGUCAUCCACGUGGACAGUGGCAACAUCUUGACCGGGGUGGACGCGCCGAAGGUGGGACAGCUGGAGACGUGGCUGGAGAUGAACCCCGGUUAUGAGGUGGCCCCACGCUCUGACAGUGAAGACAGCGAGGAUGAAGAGGAGGAAGAGGAGGAAGAGGAGGAGCAUCAGCCUUCCAGUGCACUAACAGAAGAAAAGAAGAAGAUAAGUGACCCCGACAGCGAGGACGUGUCAGAGGUGGACGUGCAACACAUCAUCGAGAACGCCAAGCAGGAUGUGGAUGACGAGUACAGCGGCGCGGCGUUCGCUCGGGGACUCCAGUCUUACUACGCCGUGGCUCACGCCGUCACAGAGAAGGUGGAAAAGCAGUCCACUUUCUUGAUAAACGGACAACUCAAACAGUAUCAGAUUAAAGGCCUGGAGUGGCUGGUGUCGCUGUACAACAACAACCUGAACGGCAUCCUGGCUGACGAAAUGGGUCUGGGCAAAACCAUCCAGACCAUCGCGCUCAUCACGUACCUCAUGGAGCACAAGCGGCUCAACGGACCUUACCUCAUCAUCGUGCCCCUCUCGACUCUUUCAAACUGGGUGUACGAGUUUGACAAGUGGGGACCCACAGUUGUGAAAGUGUCCUAUAAGGGUUCUCCUGCCGCCAGAAGAGCUUUUGUCCCUCAGUUGCGCAGUGGCAAGUUUAAUGUUCUCCUCACCACCUACGAGUACAUCAUCAAGGACAAGCAAGUCCUGGCUAAGAUCCGCUGGAAGUACAUGAUCGUGGACGAGGGCCACCGCAUGAAGAACCACCACUGUAAGCUGACCCAGGUGCUGAACACGCACUACCUGGCGCCGAGGCGGGUGCUGCUGACGGGCACGCCGCUGCAGAACAAGCUCCCCGAGCUGUGGGCGCUGCUCAACUUCCUCCUGCCCACCAUCUUCAAGAGCUGCAGCACCUUCGAGCAGUGGUUCAAUGCGCCGUUUGCAAUGACAGGCGAGAAGGUGGAUCUCAACGAAGAGGAGACCAUCUUGAUCAUCCGCCGUCUUCACAAAGUGCUCCGUCCCUUCUUGCUGCGCAGGUUGAAGAAAGAAGUGGAGGCCCAGCUACCAGAGAAGGUGGAAUACGUGAUCAAAUGUGACAUGUCGUCUCUCCAGCGAGUGCUCUACAGACACAUGCAGGCCAAGGGCGUUCUGCUGACCGACGGCUCGGAGAAAGACAAGAAGGGCAAAGGAGGCACCAAGACUUUGAUGAACACCAUCAUGCAGCUGAGGAAGAUCUGUAACCAUCCAUACAUGUUCCAGCAGAUUGAGGAAUCUUUCUCUGAACAUUUAGGUUUCUCUGGUGGAAUAGUUCAAGGCCCUGACUUGUAUCGAGCGUCGGGAAAAUUUGAGGUGUUGGAUCGUAUCCUCCCCAAGCUGCAAGUGACCAACCAUAAAGUGCUGCUCUUCUGUCAGAUGACCUCACUCAUGACCAUCAUGGAGGACUACUUUGCCUACCGCAGCUUCAAGUAUCUCCGUCUGGAUGGCACCACCAAGGCCGACGACCGAGGAAUGUUACUGAAGACCUUCAACGAUGCCGAGUCGGAAUAUUUCAUCUUCCUCCUGAGCACUCGAGCGGGAGGCCUCGGCCUCAACCUGCAGUCUGCCGACACUGUCAUCAUCUUUGACUCGGAUUGGAACCCGCACCAGGACCUGCAGGCCCAGGACCGAGCUCACCGCAUCGGCCAACAAAACGAGGUGCGUGUGCUGCGCCUGUGCACGGUCAACAGCGUGGAGGAGAAGAUUUUGGCCGCCGCCAAGUACAAACUGAACGUAGACCAAAAGGUGAUCCAGGCCGGCAUGUUCGACCAGAAGUCGUCCAGCCACGAGCGCAGGGCCUUCCUGCAGGCCAUCCUGGAGCACGAGGAGCAAGACGAGGUCUGGGGACAAGACGUGUGUCUUCGGAUAAAUGAAGAGGACGAGGUCCCUGACGACGAGACGGUCAACCAGAUGAUCGCCAGGAGCGAGGAGGAGUUUGAUCAGUUCAUGCGCAUGGACUUGGACCGGCGGCGCGAGGACGCCCGCAACCCGCGGCGUAAACCGCGUCUGAUGGAGGAGGACGAGCUGCCCACUUGGAUCAUGAAGGACGACGCCGAGGUGGAGCGGCUCACCUGCGAGGAGGAGGAGGAGAAAAUGUUCGGACGAGGCUCUCGCCAGCGCAAGGAGGUGGACUACAGCGAUUCGCUGACCGAGAAGCAGUGGCUCAAGCAGGCCAUCGAGGAAGGCACGCUGGAGGAGGUGGAGGAGGAGGUGCGGCACAAGAAGACCACCACUCGGAAGAGGAAGCGGGAUCGGGACCCGGAUCUCCCCGUGCCCUCCUGCUCCUCGGGAGGAAGAGGACGAGGGGACAAAGAUGAAGAUGCAAAGAGGCAGCGAAAAAGGGGGAGACCCCCCGUCGAGAAGAUCUCCGCCAAUCCUCCUGCCCUCACCAAGAAGAUGAAGAAGAUCAUCGAUGCCGUCAUCAGAUACAAAGACGGCACGAGUGGACGUCAGCUCAGCGAAGUGUUCAUCCAGCUGCCGUCUCGCAAAGAGCUGCCCGAAUACUACGAGCUGAUCCGCAAGCCAGUGGACUUCAGGAAGAUCAAGGAGAGGAUUCGAGGUCACCGGUACCGCAGUCUCGGCGACCUGGAGAGAGACGUCAUGCUGCUUUUCCAGAACGCGCAAACCUUCAACCUGGAGGGAUCCCUGAUCUACGAGGACUCCAUCGUGCUGCAGUCGGUCUUCACCAGUCUGAGGCAGAAGAUCGAGAAGGAGGAGGAGAGCGAGGGCGAGGACAGCGAGGAAGACGACGAGGAACAGGACGACGGAUCCGAGUCGGAAACCCGUUCCGUCAAGGUCAAGAUUCGACUGGGCAGGAAGGAGCGAGGCGGAGAUCGCGGAAAGGGACGCAGCAGACGAUCGGGACGCACCAGAGCCAAACCUGUUGUUAGUGACGAUGACUCUGACGAAGAACAAGAAGAGGAGCGCUCCCUCAGUGCCACUGAUGAAGAGUCCUGAAGCGCACGGCGAUGACAGAAUGUUAGCCAGGUGCGCUAUGAAGGGAUAUUCCCGCCUGCUCACGUCGAUACGCUAAGCCUCCAUCCGCCCAUUAACAUAAAAGCGGAUCAAACAGAAGGCUUUCGCGACGCAUCGGGCAAAUGCACACAGUCGGUCAAGGACUUUUAUUAUGGGCGUCCCUUUCUUUGCAUUUAUUUCUAUGGCAGUUCAGUAAUAAGAUGUGUGUAUUUACUAGCGGUGGGACUGUGUUAAAAACUAAUUAGAGACUUUGUAAUUGAUGAAUUGCAAUCAAUCGCAUUUUGAUCAAAUACAAAUAUUUGAUCAAAUAAGCUAUGCUUUUCCAAUCCUAGUACAUUUUGAUUGGUCGAAUAAACGCACAUUUAAAACAACUGCUUCGUUGCUGUUGCACUCAAGUCCUGUCGAGAGGAAAACAUCUGAGAUUGGCAAAUUCAUUUGAACGCGAACUUGAGCUGUGCUGACCAAAUUUCUCUUUUAGCCAGUUACGGAGCCAAAUGUUGCUCCGACUAAAGCGGCCAACGCUAACCGAAACCCCUGACGGCCGUUCUGGCUGCAGCGUGUUUUGCUCCUCAAAAUGAACAUAAUAAAGUCCCAGUCCAAGUAUUUAUAGUUGUUAAAAUCACAAGACGUGAAGCCUUCCAGUUGACUCUGCUUUUCAAUAUGAAGAUCACAUCAUGAAGAUCACAUGGCCACUUUACUAUAUAAAUUGCUUUAUGACCACUGAACAAAACCUUCCUUGAACUGUGUCAUAGUCUUUUUUUUUUUUUUUUUUUUUUUACAAAAACAGUGAGGAAUCAAACUCCUCUGCUUUGCUCUUGAUAGCUUUGAACUUGCCAAAUAGUGAGACGAGUGCAACUAGUUUAUUUUCAGCCUGCUGACGUCCAAGCGUAUUUACGAACGUACAACAUCAGUGCUCAAAAUGGUGUUUUUAUAUUGUUGAAUGUUUUCAUUUUGGAGUAGUUCUGUUUCUAUUUAUUGUUUUCUUUGGUUAUUAAAAAAAACAAGUUCUGAUUGAGAUUCAAAAUCAUUUUUACAAGUGUGACCCUGACCAAAAAGCAGUUUAGACAUUAACACUUGAGCGCGAUUACAAAUGAAAACACAUUGCAGCAUGCUAUUAAAGGCUGUCAAAAAAGAUGGAUGAGCGUGAAUAAGGCACAAGAUGAAACAAUUCCAUUGUAUAUUUGGAUACAAUUACUACUCUGUGAAGGGACAAGAUGUGACUAGAUUUAAGUAAAAAAACAAAGUGAGCUUAUCUGGCCCGUGGAGUUCUGAGAGCCACUAAAUCCAGUAAACAACGCUGAAUGUAUACAGAAAAUAUUUUCAAAGCGCCAAAACUUCCUCACCUUGUGUACACGACAGAACGUGGGUCAGACAUUCAGAACCCAACAUGUCUGUUUGCAUACAUUGGUGUGUUCGGGUCUGAUGUCGAGCCUGAAAACACUUCGUGACGUGAGCGACUUCAGUGAUGUGAUCACGUGACUGAGGGUUCACGGAGGUCGCGCUUGACGCUUGUGUACGUUUGCAUCAGAACAGCCCGGAUGCCGCCGCUCGCACGUCUCGUUGCACUUCGGACUUCUUGGAUCUCAGCGAAUGUGUACUGUAUUUUGAAUUGCUUCCUAAUGUUUUCUGUAUGUGGUGACCUGGUGACCUUAGGUUGUCAAAACUCUUCAGUGUACUUUUUAGUUCUUAAUUUCAAGACAAAGGACCAGAGGGACGGCGGCUCCUCUCUGCUUGUGAACGCCUCACGGCCGGACGGUGUUGGAUGUUCUGUAAAUGUCACGAUUUGUUUUGGUGACUCUUCUCUUGAAGACUGUACUUUAUUGUACUUUCAUUAUUAUUAUGGUAGUUAGUCAAGAACAUGCAACCAAAGCAUCAACACUUCUGUCUGUGCUGUGUUGUGUCGUUGUCACUGGAAAGAACCUUGUAACAAUAAAUGAAAGUGGUUAUUGA